GACUGGGUUGCUGCAAGUUGCUGUAAAUCGUGAAUCACGCUUAGCCUUCGUGACGCAAGAGCAUUGAACUUUGCGGCUUGACUUUGAGCCUGUUCAGCAUUUGAGGCUCGGAGUCUGAUUGUCUCUCGUGCUCAAUCCUGGGUUGCUGUGAAGGACCAAUCAACAUGUGGAUCUCACUACUUUUUUGGAGUGUAAGUGACAUUGAGGAGGAGCUCAAGGUAAAGCUAUGUAAGUAAGUAGUUGUGUAUGCAAUCAGUUUCGUGCAGAUAUGGCGGAAACCGGGCGCAACUCCAGGCCGUUUGAGCUGCUGGAGCUGAAGGGGAAGCAGGGGAGGCAGUAUGAGCUGCUCACGCCAGACGGCACCGCAGGGCAUGUGAGGGAUGACAGCAAAGGUGGAGGAUGGAAAAACCUCAAUCGGUAUGCGCUGGCUUGCGCGCUCUUGGCAUCCUUGAAUUCUACGCUUCUAGGUUAUGAUAUUGGCGUGAUCGCUGGGGCAGUACUGUUUAUUCAAGAGGAUUUAGGAAUUUCGGAGUUUCAAGAGGAGUUGCUCGUCGGAUCUCUAAACCUAGUUUCGCUGAUAGGAGCAGCAUGCGCCGGGCGGAUUGCGGACGCGGUUGGACGGAGAUGGACCAUGGCCAUUGCGGCGUUGUUCUUCCUCGUUGGAGCUGGAAUAAUGGGAGUAGCGCCGCAUUUUUCCUUGCUGAUGAUCGGUCGGUUGUUGGAGGGCAUUGGAGUGGGAUUUGCUCUCAUGAUCGCUCCGGUGUACACGGCGGAAGUUGCACCUGCGAGCAGCCGAGGAUCUUUGGUGUCAUUGCCGGAAAUAUUCAUCAAUAUUGGCAUUCUUUUAGGGUACAUGGUUAGUUAUGUGUUCUCCGGGCUACCUUCAAACGUGAACUGGCGAUUGAUGCUUGGAGUAGGAAUGUUACCAGCACUCGUUCUAGCAGUUGGGGUUCUGCUUAUGCCGGAGUCACCUCGGUGGCUUGUGAUGCAAAACCGCAUCAAGGAAGCAGAAAUCGUGCUUUUCAAAACAUCCAAUGACGAGGCAGAAGCGAAUGUCCGGCUUCAGGAGAUCAUGGACGCCGCAGGCAUUGUUUCCGAUGGUUCUGGCGGCACUCGCUCUAGUUUAAACAGCGAAGGACAAGGAGUGUGGAAGGAGCUCUUAUGGCCGACGUCUCCCGUGCGACGAAUGCUCAUAGUAGCUCUGGGCGUGCAAUUUUUUCAGCAGGCCUCUGGUAUUGACGCCACCGUGUACUACAGUCCGGUGGUGUUCAAUCACGCGGGCAUAUCAGGAAAAUCCGGCGUUCUUCUGGCCACAAUUGCAGUGGGAUUGACCAAGACACUCUUCAUUUUGGUGGCUACCAUAUGGUUGGAUCGGCUUGGCAGGCGACCUCUACUUCUCACGAGUUCUAUUGGGAUGACGGUCUCUCUCUCCGUGCUCGCCAUCGGUUUCUUAUUCCUGAACAUCACACCAACAGACGACAUCCCUGCUGCUCCUUCAGACACUAGUGGGCCGACGUUUGUUGCUGUCUUAGCCAUUCUAUCCAUCUGUUCAUAUGUAGCAUUCUUCUCGGUGGGGUUCGGACCCAUAGUGUGGGUUCUGACCUCGGAGAUUUUCCCCCUGCGGUUGCGAGCUCAGGCCAUGGGGUUGGGGAUAGUGGUGAAUCGCCUUGCGAGUGCCACUGUGGCUCUCACUUUUCUUUCCAUGGCGAGAGCCAUGACAAUUGCGGGCACUUUCUUCCUCUUCUCCGUCAUGGCCUUUCUCUCGGCGAUAUUUGUAUACAUCUUCACGCCGGAGACCAAAGGUCGGUCACUCGAGGAGAUUGCCAAGUUUUUCGAAUCAGACUCCGAUCCGAGUCCGUCCCCAUAUUCAUUGGAGCUGAAAGGGCUGCCUCAGGAUGGUCACGGGAUUGCUUCACCACGGUUUGGCCAUAUCAGGAAACAUGACGAGGAAGCGAUUCUGAUGGCUCCUGAAGGUCAUGUGGGUCUCCCUUUAGAAGACACUGAUGAUCUACUUCUGUUGAGGCAUGACAGUCUUACGGGUCCUCAAUCUGGAGCAUCUCGGAAAGACCUAAUGAACAAGGUUAAGGCGAUUAAGAAGCAAGGGAAUCGUUCGUCUCCUAGCUUUGAUACUCCACGGGGAGCUUCAUCAUCACCAUUAUAGAGGCAUUGAAUUGUUUUUUUUUUUUUUUAUCUUCAGUGUAGCUCAAUUUAUUUUAUUUUUUAAUUAAUUAAUUUUUUUUUCCAAUAGUGCUUCACUCUUUAUUUCUUGGACUAACUGACAGGCAUUCCGUCACCUUGAUUUCAGGACUACUAGUAUCUAGGCAGGCUCACGUGGCCAUGAAUUCGACUCUUGAGAGUCGUUGCUUCAAAAGUUAGUGUCAACCUAAACUGUUGAUAUAUAUAUAUUUAACCAGAUAUGUACAUGGCAUUGCACCCACAUGGAUGCGUACUGAAUGAAUCGAGCAGCUUUUGGAUCUGUUCUGAAGCUCUUCAGACACCGACUGAACACGGAUUAUCAGA